AUUUAUUAUAAAAUUAAUGAGUAAUAAAAGCUAGGAGGGAUGUAUUUCCGCUCGAUAAAAGCUAUAUAAUGAUCAAGAAUUUAGAGAUGUAGUCAAGACAUUUCACGAAAUUGUCAUUCAAAUCAAUAAAAGUUUCUAUGAUUAAUCAUUUUAAGGUGUGAAGAAAUAAAAAAAGAAAAAAUAACAUUAAUAGCCUCCUUAAUAAAUUUAAACGAAAAAAAAAGAAGAGUUUAAAUAAUUUAAUAGGAAUUCUUAUCACAUUUAAAUAGCUUAUAGAUUAUACAACAAAAAUCAAUAACAAAAUUAAAUUGACGAGUGUGAUCCAACAUAUCACUCCAAAAAAUUAAGGAAUAGCAAUCUAAUGGAAUUAGAAAAUCAGCAAAAUAAUCAUAAUAAUAAUCACACACCAACAAAUGAAGCAAAAUUGCAAAAAUGA